AGUUUAAAAAGAGCUCCAGUGUUUCUUUAGUCACUUAUUUUUUUUGGACUGGUUCAGUUCUGUGGGUUUUUGUAGGAGCUUACAGACGAGUUUGCUGCAUAAUUUCUUAACAACUGUGGCUGGAGCCAUGGGGUUUCUCUUAGGAUGGUUCCUGUUGACUCUGCUAGCGGUUGGAAGACCUCAAGCAAAUGCUUACAGUAUUGGAUCAGUUGAGCAGUAUGGAGGCAAUGAAGUGCCAGUUGCAGGCUAUCAACCAGGUUCAAGUGGGUUUAACACUGGAGAUGGAUCUUCAGGGAGCCCUGAGCCACUUGGUGUUGGUUCAACCUCAAUUGAAGAUAAGGUUGCAGAAUCUGUUGAUCAGCCUCAGGUCCCCCAACAACCAAGCUUCCCACCCAAGCAGCAAGCGCAGGAGCAGUUGCCCCAGAUGCCUAGCUUCCCACCCCAGCAGGAAUCUGAGCAGGAGCAGUUGCCCCAGAUGCCUAGCUUCCCACCCCAGCAGGAAUCUGAGCAGGAGCAGUUGCCGCAGAUACGUAGCUUCCCAUCCCAGCAGCAAUCUGAGCAGCAGUUGCCCCAGAUGCCUAGCUUCCCACCCCAGCAGCAAUCUGAGCAGCAGCAGUUGCCCCAGAUGCCUAGCUUCCCACCCCAGCAGCAAUCUGAGCAGCAGCAGUUGCCCCAGAUGCCUAGCUUCCCACCCCAGCAGCAGAUGCCCCAGAUGCCUAGCUUCCCAGCCAAGCAGCAACAGCAGCAGAUGCCCCAGAUGCCUAGCUUCCCAGCCAAGCAGCAACAGCAGCAGAUGCCCCAGAUGCCUAGCUUCCCAGCCAAGCAGCAACAGCAGCAGAUGCCCCAGAUGCCUAGCUUCCCAGCCAAGCAGCAACAGCAGCAGAUGCCCCAGAUGCCUAGCUUCCCAGCCAAGCAGCAACAGCAGCAGAUGCCCCAGAUGCCUAGCUUCCCAGCCAAGCAGCAACAGCAGCAGAUGCCCCAGAUGCCUAGCUUCCCACCUCAGCAGCAACAGCAGCAGUUGCCCCAGAUGCCUAGCUUCCCACCUCAGCAGCAGUUGCCCCAGAUGCCUAGCUUCCCACCCCAGCAGCAACAGCAGCAGUUGCCCCAGAUGCCUAGCUUCCCACCCCAGCAGCAACAGCAGCAGUUGCCCCAGAUGCCUAGCUUCCCACCCCAGCAGCAACAGCAGCAGUUGCCCCAGAUGCCUAGCUUCCCACCCCAGCAGCAACAGCAGCAGUUGCCCCAGAUGCCUAGCUUCCCACCCCAGCAGCAACAGCAGCAGUUGCCCCAGAUGCCUAGCUUCCCACCCCAGCAGCAACAGCAGCAGUUGCCCCAGAUGCCUAGCUUCCCACCCCAGCAGCAACAGCAGCAGUUGCCCCAGAUGCCUAGCUUCCCACCCAAGCAACAGCAGCAGUUGCCCCAGAUGCCUAGCUUCCCAGCCAAGCAACAGCAGCAGUUGCCCCAGAUGCCUAGCUUCCCAGCCAAGCAGAAACAGCAGCAGUUGCCCCAGAUGCCUAGCUUCCCAGCCAAGCAGAAACAGCAGCAGUUGCCCCAGAUGCCUAGCUUCCCAGCCAAGCAGAAACAGCAGCAGUUGCCCCAGAUGCCUAGCUUCCCAGCCAAGCAGAAACAGCAGCAGUUGCCCCAGAUGCCUAGCUUCCCAGCCAAGCAGAAACAGCAGCAGUUGCCCCAGAUGCCUAGCUUCCCAGCCCAGCAGCAGCAGUUGCCCCAGAUGCCUAGCUUCCCAGCCCAGCAGCAGCAGUUGCCCCAGAUGCCUAGCUUCCCAGCCAAGCAGCAACAGCAGCAGAUGCCCCAGAUGCCUAGCUUCCCAGCCAAGCAGCAACAGCAGCAGAUGCCCCAGAUGCCUAGCUUCCCAGCCAAGCAGCAACAGCAGCAGAUGCCCCAGAUGCCUAGCUUCCCAGCCAAGCAGCAACAGCAGCAGAUGCCCCAGAUGCCUAGCUUCCCAGCCAAGCAGCAACAGCAGCAGAUGCCCCAGAUGCCUAGCUUCCCAGCCAAGCAGCAGCAGCAACAGCAGCAGAUGCCCCAGAUGCCUAGCUUCCCAGCCAAGCAGCAGCAGCAACAGCAGCAGAUGCCCCAGAUGCCUAGCUUCCCAGCCAAGCAGCAGCAGCAACAGCAGCAGAUGCCCCAGAUGCCUAGCUUCCCAGCCAAGCAGCAGCAGCAACAGCAGCAGAUGCCCCAGAUGCCUAGCUUCCCAGCCAAGCAGCAGCAGCAACAGCAGCAGAUGCCCCAGAUGCCUAGCUUCCCAGCCAAGCAGCAGCAGCAACAGCAGCAGAUGCCCCAGAUGCCUAGCUUCCCAGCCAAGCAGCAACAGCAGCAGAUGCCCCAGAUGCCUAGCUUCCCAGCCAAGCAGCAACAGCAGCAGAUGCCCCAGAUGCCUAGCUUCCCAGCCAAGCAGCAACAGCAGCAGAUGCCCCAGAUGCCUAGCUUCCCAGCCAAGCAGCAACAGCAGCAGAUGCCCCAGAUGCCUAGCUUCCCAGCCAAGCAGCAACAGCAGCAGAUGCCCCAGAUGCCUAGCUUCCCAGCCAAGCAGCAACAGCAGCAGAUGCCCCAGAUGCCUAGCUUCCCAGCCAAGCAGCAACAGCAGCAGAUGCCCCAGAUGCCUAGCUUCCCAGCCAAGCAGCAACAGCAGCAGAUGCCCCAGAUGCCGAGCUUCCCAGCCAAGCAGCAACAGCAGCAGAUGCCCCAGAUGCCGAGCUUCCCAGCCAAGCAGCAACAGCAGCAGAUGCCCCAGAUGCCGAGCUUCCCAGCCAAGCAGCAACAGCAGCAGAUGCCCCAGAUGCCGAGCUUCCCAGCCAAGCAGCAACAGCAGCAGAUGCCCCAGAUGCCGAGCUUCCCAGCCAAGCAGCAACAGCAGCAGAUGCCCCAGAUGCCGAGCUUCCCAGCCAAGCAGCAACAGCAGCAGAUGCCCCAGAUGCCGAGCUUCCCAGCCAAGCAGCAACAGCAGCAGAUGCCCCAGAUGCCGAGCUUCCCAGCCAAGCAGCAACAGCAGCAGAUGCCCCAGAUGCCGAGCUUCCCAGCCAAGCAGCAACAGCAGCAGAUGCCCCAGAUGCCGAGCUUCCCAGCCAAGCAGCAACAGCAGCAGAUGCCCCAGAUGCCGAGCUUCCCAGCCAAGCAGCAACAGCAGCAGAUGCCCCAGAUGCCGAGCUUCCCAGCCAAGCAGCAACAGCAGCAGAUGCCCCAGAUGCCGAGCUUCCCAGCCAAGCAGCAACAGCAGCAGAUGCCCCAGAUGCCGAGCUUCCCAGCCAAGCAGCAACAGCAGCAGAUUUACCAGCCUGAUCACUAUAAACCUAGUGAUCAUCAACAGGUUGGAGAAUCCAAUUAUCAGCCCCAGCAGCCUCAACUUCCUGGCUUCCUGCCCAAGCAGCAACUGCAGUCGCCCCAGCAUCUGGGCGACACUGAUUAUCCAACGUUUGACAAAGUAGCUUCUCCCCGAGGUUUCUAUGGAUCUCCCUAUGGAUACGCCUAUGGAUACGCCCGUCCAUACGGAUCUCGGCGUUACAGUUAA